AGUUAGUUUGUAGCGGUGGUAGUAGUCAGCUGGUUGAGAGAAUUUCGUAGACUUCGCUUUGUGGGCCAUUCUCCGUAGUAGGGCCACUUAAAAGUUCGGUAGUGGAAAUUUUUUUCCCGUUGACUAUGUGAAAAAUCGUAUUAGUUUUCUUGUGGUUUGUUUAUUCAGUUUUUUUGUUUCGAGUUUCAGCGCGUAUAUUUCUUCUUAACUUUUGAAAACUAUUGGAUUAAAUUGGAUUCUUCACUUUGGAAUGUACGUGUGUUGUAAUAUAAAAGAAGAGCAUAAUUUAGAUAUGAAACAAUUCUCCUUUUAUUCCAAAGAAAUAAAAGAAUUGCAAACCAUCGAAAAAGUAUUGAUCGUUGAAAAACAAAGUCGCCGAGGAAGGUUUAGGUAACAACUUAAACUGUAUUAGUAUUAGUAGACUCUACAGUUUUUUUAAAAAUUUCAAAAAAAUCGCUCAAAAACGGCUACCUCAAAGUCUACUAAACCGAAUAUUCGUGUAAAUUUACUUGAAAUACCUGCGAAACAAAUAAAAAUUCAGUGGCGGUGGUAUACGGGCGACACCAUUUCUUUUUCGAGAAAAAACAACAAAAACAUAAUUGGAAAAGCAUCAGGAGUGGCGGUGACCUUAAAGGGGUGGUGGCGCGAUGUGGGGCUAUGCCCCCGGGCGGCCCCUUCCCCUUCUGUAAGCUCGAACACCACUCGAAAUAGAUCCAUCAUCAGAAGGGGAUCUCUGCGAUCCAUGGGACAAUCUUUCAGUAUGUGCAAGUUUAACUGCAGACAUAAAAAAGGCUUACAACUACGUAACAGUGGGGAGGAUACGCGAAUGCCGAUAGAUGGAACCACAACGGGUUCGGAUUCUGCCAAUAGGCUUCCGAAACAUAACCACGGCAAUUAUGGACAUUCGUAUGAUCCAGAAUAUGCUCACAUGGAAUCGUGGUUGGACGAACAUCCCGAUUUCGUCAAUGAUUAUUUCCUGAGAAAAGCUACUCGUCAAAUAGUGGAACAAUGGCAAGUCUCUCACGCGACUCCUACGUCGUCUAGCGUCGAACUUUCAUCGCCUUCGCAUAACAACCAAUCGCGCGCGAGUUCCGGCGCUACGACACCAGUACGCAAAAUAUCUGCGCACGAAUUCGAACGCAGCGGUUUAUUAAAACCGAUGAUUAACACCAUAGAUGGACAACCGACGUUUCUGACCAGCGAGAACCAAACACCGGCAGCGACUGGUAGUCCCACGCUCGGUAGAAGACAGAGGAGGUCUAGGCAUGAACUUAGGCAGAUGGACGAGAAAGAUCUCAUUUUUGAGUUGGUCAAAGAUAUCUGUAAUGAAUUGGAGAUUCGAUCGUUAUGUCACAAAAUCCUCCAGAACGUGUGUAUGCUGCUUAACGCCGAUCGCGGUUCGCUGUUUUUGGUGGAAGGCGAUAAAUAUAGCGGUUGUCCCGUCGCUCCAGGUCACUAUAGGGAUCGUUGUUUGGUGUCAAAAUUAUUCGACGUUUGUUCGAAAAGUACCUUAGUGGAAAUUGAGAAAAAAGAAGAGAUCAAGAUUCCUCUGGGAACUGGUAUUGUGGGAUACGUAGCCGAGAGUGGGGAACCCGUCAAUAUACCAGAUGCUUAUCAGGACGAACGUUUUAAUCAUGAGGUAGAUAGUAGGACGGGCUACAGGACGAAAUCCUUAUUAUGCAUGCCCAUCAAAGACACCAACGGUGACGUCAUUGGUGUAGCGCAGGUUAUAAACAAAGUUGGUGAUCAACCAUUCACGAAAACCGACGAAGAAAUAUUUUCCAAAUACCUACAGUUCUGCGGUAUCGGCCUCCGAAACGCGCACCUCUACGAAAAAUCCCAGUUAGAAAUAAAAAGGAAUCAAGUCCUUUUAGAUUUGGCCAGGAUGAUAUUCCAAGAACAGUCUACGUUGGAGCACGUGGUUUAUAGAAUUUUACUGCACGCACAAAGUCUUAUUCAAUGCCAAAGAGUACAGAUUCUUUUAACGCAUCAAGAUUCAUGCGCUAGUUUCUCGAGAGUUUUUGAUUUUGAAGAAAACGAUGUUAAUAUUAUCGAAUCUGGAGAGAGUAGAAAUAGUCCAUUGGAAGGGAGAUUUCCAAUUAAUUUGGGAAUAACCGGACACGUAGCUACUACGGGGGAGACUGUGAAUCUAACGAACGUGUACGACGAUUCACGAUUCGAUCCCGAAGCGGACCAAGGUACAAACUUUAAACACAAGACGGUUUUGUGUAUGCCGAUAAAGAACAGCAAAAAUAAAAUAAUCGGCGUUAUACAAUUGAUAAAUAAAUUCAACGAUCUUCCUUUUACGCAAAACGACGAAAAUUUCGUGGAGGCGUUCGCCAUCUUCUGCGGCAUGGGUAUACACAACACGAGGAUGUACGAGGAGGCUACUACGGCCGUUGCUAAACAGAAAGUUAUUUUGGACGUGCUGUCCUAUCAUGCGACCGCCAGUGUUGAGGAAGCCCAAAGAUUAAGGUGUAAUAAGUAUUUCUUCGACGACGCGGACCACGUCAGGAAACUUUCAGUAGUGUCUCGAAACGAUUUGAGGGUACCGUCAAACGUAAAGUUUGGGCUUCUCGAUUUCGCUUUUGAUGACAUCCGUUUAAGUGAUGACGAUACUCUAACCGCUUGUUUAAGAAUGUUCCUUGAUCUCAGUCUCGUCGAAACGUUCCACAUAGAUUUCGACGUAUUAUGUAGAUGGUUAUUAUCGGUUAAGAAAAAUUAUAGAGACGUGACUUAUCACAAUUGGCGACACGCUUUCAACGUGGGUCAAAUGAUGUAUUCAAUAUUACACGCUACUAGAUGGUGGGAGUACCUCGGAUCGAUUGAAUGUCUCGCUCUUAUGAUCGCUUGUCUUUGUCACGAUCUGGACCAUAGGGGAACCAACAAUUCUUUUCAGAUGAAAAUUCAUUCGCCGAUAGCGCAACUUUAUUCCACUUCUACUAUGGAACAUCACCACUUCGAUCAGUGUUUGAUGAUAUUGAAUUCACUUCAGCUUCUGUCGAAUCUUACGCCGGAGCAACAUUCGAGGGUGAUCAGGGUAUUAGAAGAAGCCAUUUUAGCUACGGAUUUGGCGAUAUAUUUUAAGAAACGUGUCGAUUUUUUCAAAAUAGCCAGUGAGGGUUUGAAUUGGAAACGGGAGGAGCACAAAGAAUCUGUUAGGGGUAUGUUAAUGACAGUCUGUGAUUUAGCGGCCAUAACGAAACCGUGGGAAGUAGAAAAACGAAUAGCAGAAUUAGUUAGUGCAGAAUUUUUCGAACAGGGCGAUUUGGAAAGGGAAACGUUGAAUGUUACACCAAUGGAUAUAAUGGAUAGGACCAAAGCUGAAAAACUACCUAUUAUGCAGAUCAACUUUAUCGACUCGAUUUGCCUACCUAUAUACGAGGCUUUUGCGGAUCUUUCUGAAAAUUUGCAACCGCUCCUCGAUGGGGUUAAACAAAACCGCGAUCAUUGGUUAGAAGAGGCGCAAAGGGCUCAUUUGGUGCCGGAUCAAGAGGAAACCGAAGAAAAAGAUGAUAACGAUAACGUAUCGAAACCUAGUAGUCCCGAUCAAAAACAAAGUCCUUGCGAAAAUAAUUGUCAAGAAAUUACCAAUAGAUAAAUAACCCUCGCUUCAAUAAAUCGAUUUCGUUAAUAUUAUUAGAACACCCUGUAUGACACCGGAAUAAAAUACAUGCGAUAUCAAAAUCGUGAUAA